UUUAUUUAUUAAAUAUACGUGGACUAGUUCGCAUUAAAUAUUUGUUUUUAUAUAUUAUGUUAUGUUUCGCUAUAAUAAUACUAAUAGUAAAUAUUUAUUAUUCAUAAAAAGCGUUUUAUAAAUAAUAAUAUGAUUUUUUCAAAUUUUAUAAUAUUUAUGGUAUCGUUGCGCGCAGUCGCACACACUCGCGCGUCCGAACCGGCGAAAAACGGCACAGUCAAUUGCGAGGAGUACGUGUCGUGCACGAAAUGCGUGAACGAGACGCUGUGCAGCUGGUCGUUGGAACGUCAGAACUGCGCACACCCGGAAGAACUGUCGGAGAACCUGAUGGUGCACGUGGAGGCGGACUGUCCGCAGUUCGCGGUGGCCAAGCAGCCGUGGGUGAAGGACGUGCCGUACAGUUACACGCUGACCGUGUCGAACGACAAGAAAGACUUCGUGGCGUUCCUCCGGCGGUCGACGAUCACGUGCUCGCUGCACACGGUGAACGUGAGGGGCCGGGUCGACCAGAACGACAUCAAGUGCGACGCCAUCAAACGGACGCAGACCGACUUCGCGCAGCACAGGCAGACGAUCUACUUCUACUACGUGAGGCUCAACAACAACACGCUGCGGCUGGACAACGAGGCGGACUAUUACGUGCCGAACUACGACCGCGAGUGCGGCCCCAAGAGGGACGACAGCUGCGUGACGUGCACGUGGACCGCCGACGGGUACGUGAACCACUUCAAACGGUGUUCGAGCGCCAACCGGUGUACGGGCCUGUACCAGUUCAGCGACAGGCGGCACGCGCUGAAAUUCACGGACGCGCCGGCCGCGGUGACCGCGAUGGCGGGCCGGUGCGUCAACGCGACCGUCGCCUCGGCGGUGCCGGUCACCGCGCCGUGGACGGGCGGCACGGCGGUGCUGGUCACCGUCAAGAACCACCGGAUACUGGCCGAGAAGAAGACGGUGACCGUGACCGUGGCCGGACGCUCUUGCGUCGACCCGCGGACGGUGGACAACGAGACGAUCGCGUGCACCGUGGCGCGGCCGGCGGCCGGCGAAGCGCCCGCCGCGGACGGCCGGCCGACGGUGGGCCUGGUCGGCGUCGAGUACGGCCCGCGGCAGAGGUACGCGGUCGCGUCCCAGUUCCCGUUCAAGCUCGUCGAACCGCGGCUGACGGACGUGAGCCCGACCUGUGGCCCGCUGUCCGGCGGCACGACUUUGGACAUCGGCGGCGAGCAUCUGGACACCGGCAACGGCGUCAGCGUGACGAUCGGCGGCAGUGCGGCGUGCGCGGUGACCGACCGGCGGUGGGACCGCAUUUCGUGCGUGACCGGCGCCGGGGUCGUCAUUAACGACACCGUCAACGUGGCGUUCGACAACGGAACCGCGAUCAGACAAGUCGGCCGGAAGUAUUUCGCGUACACCGCCGACCCGGUGCUGGACGCGGCGACGUCGCCGUUGGCCGGCAUCGCUUCGGGCGGCACCGCGGUCCCGGUGCGCGGACGUCACUUCUCUUGCGCGCGCAACACCACGAUGACGGUCCACGUGCGCAACGGCACCGUCCGCCGGACCGGCUGUCAGGUGUACAACGACACGUUCAUGGUGUGCCGGUCGCCGACACUCUUACCGGACGACAUCGUCCCGGCGGUACAACCGCAGCGACCGACCACCGCGGCGGCGGCGGCGGGUUGGUACGAAUACAUUGAACACGACGACGACGACGACGACACGGCCAAUAUACCGAUCGGCGCGUUUCGGUGCGAUUUCCGAGUGGUGUACAACGGCACCGCCGCCGGCGCCGCGUUUCUGUUGACCGCCGAGUAUCGCGUGUACGCCGACCCGGUGCUGCGCGACUUCGAGACGGACGGCCACGCGAUCACCGUCUUCGGCCGGAACCUGCAGGACUGGGCGGGCGACGUGGCCGUCGAGUUGCUGCGAGGAGACGACUCGCCGGCGGCCAAUCCGUGCGACGUCACGUCCGCUGGCCGGCGACGGAUUGUCUGCGUGCCGAGAAACUCGUCGAUCGAUUUGGACGCGGUGCGCGCGCUCAACAUCACCGUCGGCUUGUCGUUCGGCCGCGUCGUCCACCGGAGGCCGCCGGUUCGUCCGGACGACGAGUACGUCUGGCAGCGGCCCUGGACCGACGGCCGUACCGCCGUCGCCGUUUUGGCGGCGUUGUCGUCGUUGCUGUGCGGCGGGUGCGUCGCGCUGCUGUGCCGCCGAAAGAUCACGAACCGGUACACGCACAGCGUCACGCGCACGCCGCUCUUCGAACUGCAUCCGCCGGCGGAUCGGAACGACUCGAUAAUGAUAAUGUAGUAAUCAGUUAGCGACGUCCGCUGCAGCACCAGCAGCAUUGCACUAUACUAUACGUCCGCGUAUGGUUGCGCACUAAUAGUUUUUUUAAGAUUUAAAGUCAAAAGCGGUUAAUUUAAAAAUAAAUAUUACCACGUCCGAUAUUAUCUGUCGAUUUCAUCAUUUUAUCGCUCGACCGCAUUCCUAUAAUAUUUCAUGUGUCUUAUGUUUGACUUGCACACUCACACGAUGUUAUGUGUCCCUAUAUAUAUACGCCUAUAGCAUAUAUUCUAUCAGUACGCCUUAUACUCACGAAUAGACAAAUCACUAGGUGUAGUGAAAAUUACAGUUUAGUUCAGAGUUCCGUGGAAAUAUUAUUAAGACUCCUUAAAAUGUAUUACCAAAACAGUUACGACGUGUUAUAUACAAGGUGAUUAUUUUAUCAUAAAAUACUCGUUAUUUCAAAAAGUAUUCGUGUUUUUGAAAACAUUUUUUUAACAACUUGAAACUAUGUAAACAUGAAUACUUUUUGAAAUAAUGAGUGUUUUAUGAUAAAAAAAAUUAUCCUGCAUAACACUGUCGAGGCUAUAGGAAUCUUUUCCGAAAGGAACUUAAGUAUUCAAUGAAUGAAAAAUUAAAAAAGUUUAGUAUUAAAAGAAAAAUUACCAUCAAUUUACCAUAGAAAACUCAAAAAUGUAUAACGGUCUAACUUUUUUGCAACGCUUUAAAACCUCAACCCAUUUUUAGCUACGACAGAUGUAAAAUGCCAAGUAGGUAUUUUAAUAUAGCAAAUAAAUCACAAUAAAUAUGUUUUAUUUUUUAACUAUUUUAUCAAUUAUUUGACUUGUUAUUAUUAUUUUUAUCCAUAUAUAUAAUACAGCAUGUAGGUAUUUGCAAUAUAAACUGCAAAUUUUAAUCAUUUUAAAAAUAAAAAUAUUAUUAUUUUAUUA